UGAUGUUUGUUUUAAAGAUUCAGAGCCUCAGUGCUCAGUUUGCUUAUCAAAGCUCUAUCAUGGAGGUUCAAAAGGAAGGUCUUUUAUUUUGUCUUUUUCUCUUCUCGGUUUGCCUAAGGGACUGCACUGAAAGUAAAGCUGCAGAAGAUUGUAUGCACUGCACUGGAGAACACUACAGAGGCAAGAUCUCCACCACUGAGACUGGAUUCACCUGCAAACCCUGGAAGUCUCAGACAACUUUACCUGGGAAGAACGUGGAGAAUAACUAUUGUAGGAACCGUAAUGGAGAAAGAAAGCCCUGGUGCUAUUCAACAAAUCCGUCCAGAGACUCAGAACCCUGCUCUAUUCCUCGAUGCACGACUGAGCCGCCUACAAUUGUAUCAGAGUUCACUUGUAUAACAGGAAAAGGUCGAUUAUACAGGGGCACGGUUUCUGUGACUGAAUCAGGAAGAAGAUGUCAGAAAUGGAGCACUAGUAAUCCUCAUGGGCAUGACAGAAAACCACAGAACUACCCAUGCCAAGGUCUUGAAGAGAAUUACUGCAGGAAUCCUGAUGAAAGUGAAAGGCCCUGGUGUUACACCACAGACCCUAAGACCCGCUGGGAAUACUGCACUAUUCCCAAGUGUAAAAAUCGAUCUAAACCAGAGAUUAAAGUUUCAGAAGAUUGUAUGCAGUGCAGUGGAGAAGACUACAUUGGUAAGAUCUCCACCACUGAGACUGGAUACACCUGCCAAAGCUGGGACUCUCAGAAACCCCACAGCCAUUAUUUCGUUCUUUCAAUUUUACCUGAGAAGAACUUGGAUGAGAACUACUGCAGGAACCCUGAUGGAUCACCCAGACCCUGGUGCUAUACAACCAAUCCGUCCAAACGCUGGGAAUUCUGCUCUAUUCCUCAAUGCAGGACUGAUCUGCCCACAUUCGUACCAGAGCACAGAUGUGCUACUGGAGAUGGACGCUCCUACAGAGGCAUAAUUUCUGUGACCGAAUCAGGGAAAACUUGCCAGAAAUGGGCAUCUCAAUCUCCUCACGUGCAUGACCAAACUCCAGAGAACUACCCAUGCAAAGGUCUCAAAUGGAAUUACUGCAGAAACCCUGAUGGUAGCGAAAGGCCCUGGUGUUACACCACAGACCCUAAGACCCGCUGGGAAUACUGCAAUGUAUCCAGAUGUGAAGAUCAACCCCGACCUGCUGCAGAAGAUUGUAUGCAAUGCAAUGGAGAAGACUACAGAGGCAAGAUCUCCACCACUGAGAGUGGAUACACCUGCCAACGCUGGGACUCUCAGACACCACAAAAACAUGAUUACGUCCUUUCAAUCAUACAUCAGAAGCACUUGGAUGAGAACUAUUGUAGGAACCCUGAUGGAUCCCCUAGGCCCUGGUGCUAUACAACAGAUCCAUUCAUACGUUGGGAAUUCUGCUCUAUUCCUCGAUGCUCAACUGAAUCGCCCACUAUUGUACCAGAGCUCAUUUGUACUACUGGAGAUGGAAGCUCUUACAGGGGAAAUAUUUCUACAACCAAAACAGGAAAAACUUGCCAAAAAUGGGCAUCUCAAACUCCUCACAAGCAUGACAGAACUUCAAAGAACUACCCAUGCAAAGGUCUUGACGAGAAUUACUGCAGGAAUCCUGAUAAUGAGAGAGCACCCUGGUGUUACACCACAGACCCCCAGACCGAGUGGGAAUACUGCAAUGUGCCCAAUUGUGGAGAUAAAACUAGACCUGAAGAUUGUAUUCACUGCACUGGAGAAGACUACAGAGGCAAGAUCUCCACCACUGAGAGUGGACACACCUGCCAACGCUGGGACUCUCAAACACCACACAACCAUGUUUAUGUCCCUGAAAUUUUACCUGAGAAGAACUUGGAGGAGAACUUUUGCAGGAACCCUGAUGGACAGCCAAGGCCCUGGUGCUAUACAACAAAUCCGUCCAAACGCUGGGAAUUCUGCACUAUUCCUCGAUGCUCAACUAAACUGCCCGCAUUUGUACCAGAGCACACCUGUGCUACUGGAGAUGGACGCUCCUACAGGGGCAUAAUUUCUGUGACCAAAUCAGGGAAAACUUGCCAAAGCUGGGAAUCUCAAACACCUCACGUGCAUUUCACGACUCCAGAAGACUUUCCAUGCAAAGGUCUUCGAGGAAACUACUGCAGAAACCCUGAUAGUAGCCGAGGGCCCUGGUGUUACACCUCAGACCCGAAGACCCGCUGGGAAUACUGCAAUGUCUCCAGAUGUGAGGAACCUGAGCCUGAAGCAGAAGAAUGCAUACACUGCAGAGGACAAGACUACAGAGGCAAGCUCUCCACAACUUCGAAUGGAUACACCUGCCAACGCUGGGAGCUUCAGACACCACACAAACAUAACUACAUCCCUUCAGAAUUACCUGGGAAGUACUUGGAGGAGAACUAUUGCAGGAACCCUGACACAUCCCCCAGGCCUUGGUGCUAUACCACAGAUCCAUCCAAUCGCUGGGACUACUGCUCUAUUCAUCAAUGCACAACUAAACAAGAUGUACUCACCUGUUCCACUGGGGAUGGCGUCACCUACAGGGGCACUGUUUCUGUGACUGUCUCAGGUAAAACCUGUCAGAAAUGGACAUCUAAAACUCCUCACGAUCAUUCAAUGACAAACGAGGACUACCCUUGUGGUGGUCUUGAGGAGAACUACUGCAGGAACCCUGACAGACGCAACGGUCCCUUUUGUCUUACCACAGACCCCGAGACCCGUUGGGAGUACUGCAGUGUACCCAUUUGUAAAGAUCCAUCCCUACCUGCUGCAGAAGAUUGUAUGCACUGCAUUGGAGAAGACUACAGAGGCAAGAUCUCCAUCACUGAGAGUGGAUACACCUGUCAACGCUGGGACUCUCAGAAACCCCACAAACAUGACUACAUCCCUUCAACAUUACAUGGAAAGAACUUGGAAGAGAACUAUUGUAGGAACCCUACAAGAAAGCCUAGGCCCUGGUGCUAUACAACAAAUCCAUCCAAACGCUGGGAAUAUUGCUCUAUUCCUCGAUGCACAACUGAACCGCCCACAAUUGUACCAGAGCUCAUCUGUACUUCUGGAGAUGGAAGCUUCUACAGGGGCAAUAUUUCUAUGACCAAAACAGGAAAAACCUGCCAGAAAUGGACAUCUGAAUAUCCUCACCGUCAUGACCACACUCCAGAGAAAUACCCAUGCAAAGGUCUUGAGGAGAACUACUGCAGGAACCCUGAUGGUAAAAUAGCACCCUGGUGUUACACCAAAGACCUUGAAACCGAGUGGGAAUACUGUCAUGUGCCCGGUUGUGUAGAUCAACCUGAACCUAGACUUGUUCUUCCUGUAGAAGAUUGUAUUCACUGCAAUGGAGAAGACUACAGAGGCAAGCGCUCCAUCACUGAGAGUGGACAUACCUGCCAACGCUGGGACUCUGAGAAACCCCACAAACAUUAUUACGCCCCAGCAAAUUUAUCAGAAAAGCACUUGGAGGAGAAUUAUUGCAGAAACCCUGAUGGACAGUCCAGACCCUGGUGCUAUACCACAAAUCCAUCCAUACGCUGGGAAUUCUGCUCUAUUCCUCGAUGCACAACUACACCACCAACAAUUGUACCAGAGUUCACCUGUACUACUGGAGAUGGAGGCUCCUACAGGGGCACAAUUUCUGUGACUAAAUCAGGAAAAACCUGCCAGAAAUGGACAUCUCAAACACCUCACAAGCAUUACAAAACUCCAGAGAACUACCCAUGCAAAGGUCUUGAAGAGAACUACUGCAGGAAUCCUGAUAAUAAGAAAGCGCCCUGGUGUUACACCACAGACCCUGAAACCCGCUGGGAAUACUGCAAUGUGCCCAAUUGUGAAGAUCCAUCUAGACCUGAUUGUAUGCACUGCACUGGAGAAGACUACAGAGGCAAGAUCUCCAUCACUGAGAGUGGAUACACCUGCCAACGCUGGGACUCUCAGACACCACACAAACAUGAUUUUGUCCUUUCAAUUUUACCUGGGAAACAUUUGGAGGAGAACUACUGCAGGAACCCUGAUGGACAGCCCAAGCCCUGGUGCUAUACAACAAAUCCAUCCAAACGCUGGGAAUUCUGCUCUAUUCCUCAAUGCACAACCACACCACCAACAAUUGCACCAGAGCUCACCUGUACUACUGGAGAUGGAAGCUCCUACAGGGGCACGAUUUCUGUGACCAAAUCAGGGAAAACCUGCCAGAAAUGGACAUCGCAAACACCUCACAAGCAUUUCAAAACUCCAGAGAACUACCCAUGCCAAGGUCUUGAAGAGAACUACUGCAGAAACCCUAAUAAUGAGAAAGCGCCCUGGUGUUUCACCACAGACCCUGAAACACGCUGGGAAUACUGCAAUGUGCACAGUUGUGGGUAUCAACCUCAAACUGCUGCAGAAGAUUGUAUGCACUGCACUGGAGAUGACUACAGAGGCAAGAUCUCCAUCACUGAGAGUGGAUACACCUGCCAACGCUGGGACUCUCAAACACCACACCAACAUGACUACACCCCUGCAGCUUUCCCGGGAAAGUUCUUGGAGAAGAACUACUGCAGGAACUCUGAUGGACAGCCCAGGCCCUGGUGCUAUACAACAAAUCCAUCCAAACGAUGGGAAUUCUGCUCUAUUCCUCAAUGCACAACAAAGCCACCCCCAAUUGUACCAGAGCUCACCUGUAUUACCGGAGGAGGACGCUCCUACAGGGGCAGGAUUUCUUUGACCGAAUCAGGGAAAACCUGCCAGAAAUGGACAUCACAAACACCCCACAACCAUGACAGAACCCCAGAAAACUACCUAUGCAAAGGUCUUGAUGAGAAUUACUGCAGGAAUCCUGAUAAUGAGAAAGCGCCCUGGUGUUACACUACAGACCCUGAAACCCGUUGGGAAUACUGCAAUGUGCCCAGUUGUGGAGAUCAACCUCAAUCUGAUUGUAUGCACUGCACUGGAGAUGACUACAGAGGCAAGAUCUCCAUCACUGAGAGUGGAUACACCUGCCAACGCUGGGACUCUCAGACACCACACCAACAUGACUACACCCCUGCAGCUUUCCCGGGGAAGUUCUUGGAGGAGAACUACUGCAGGAACUCUGAUGGACAGCCCAGGCCCUGGUGCUAUACAACAAAUCCCUCCAAACGCUGGGAAUUCUGCUUCAUUCCUCAAUGCACAACAAAGCCACCCCCAAUUGUACCAGAGCUCACCUGUAUUACCGGAGGAGGACGCUCCUACAGGGGCAGGAUUUCUUUGACCGAAUCAGGGAAAACCUGCCAGAAAUGGACAUCACAAACACCCCACAACCAUGACAGAACCCCAGAAAACUACCUAUGCAAAGGUCUUGAUGAGAAUUACUGCAGGAAUCCUGAUAAUGAGAAAGCACCCUGGUGUUACACUACAGACCCUGAAACCCGUUGGGAAUACUGCAAUGUGCCCAGUUGUGGAGAUCAACCUCAAUCUGAUUGUAUGCACUGCAGUGGAGAUGACUACAGAGGCAAGAUCUCCAUCACUGAGAGUGGAUACACCUGCCAACGCUGGGACUCUCAAACACCACACCAACAUGACUACACCCCUGCAGCUUUCCCGGGGAAGUUCUUGGAGGAGAACUACUGCAGGAACUCUGAUGGACAGCCCAGGCCCUGGUGCUAUACAACAAAUCCAUCCAAACGCUGGGAAUUCUGCUUCAUUCCUCAAUGCACAACAAAGCCACCCCCAAUUGUACCAGAGCUCACCUGUAUUACUGGAGAAGGACGCUCCUACAGGGGCACGAUUUCUGUGACCGAAUCAGGGAAAACCUGCCAGAAAUGGACAUCGCAAACACCCCACAACCAUGACAGAACUUCAGAAAACUACCCAUGCAAAGGUCUUGAAGAGAAUUACUGCAGGAAUCCUGAUAAUGAGAAAGCACCCUGGUGUUACACCACAGACCCUGAAACCCGUUGGGAAUACUGCAGUGUGCCCAGUUGUGGAAAUCAACCUCAAUCUGAAGAUUGUAUGCACUGCACUGGAGAAGACUACAGAGGUAAGAUCUCCAUUACGGCGAGUGGAUACACCUGCCAACGCUGGGACUCUCAGACACCACACAAACAUAACCUCAACCCUUCAACUUUACCAGGGAAGUACAUGGAGCAGAACUAUUGCAGGAACCCUGAUGGAUCGCACAGGCCCUGGUGCUACACAACAAAUCCAUCCAAACGCUGGGAAUACUGCUCUAUUCCUCAGUGCCCAACAAAACCCACCGCAAUUGUACCAGAGUUCAGCUGUAUUACUGGAGAAGGACGCUCCUACAGGGGCACGAUUUCUGUGACCAGUUCAGGGAAAACCUGUCAGAAAUGGACAUCUCAAACACCUCACAAACAUGACAGAACUCCAGAGAACUACCCAUGCAAAGAUCUUGAUGAGAAUUACUGCAGGAAUCCUGGUGAUAACAAUGCACCCUGGUGUUACACCACAGACCCUCAAACUCGCUGGGAAAAAUGCAAUGUGCCCAACUGUGGAGAUCAACCUCAACCUGAUGAAUGCAUACACUGUAUUGGAGAAGACUACAGAGGUAAGAUCUCCAUCACUGAGAGUGGAUACACCUGCCAACGCUGGGACUCUCAGAUACCCCACAAACAUAACUUCAACACUUCAACUUUACCAGGGAUGUACAUGGAGCAGAACUAUUGCAGGAACCCUGAUGGAUCGCCCAGGCCCUGGUGCUACACAACAAAUCCAUCCAAACGCUGGGAAUACUGCUCUAUUCCUCAGUGCCCAACAAAACCCACUGCAAUUGUACCAGAGCUCACCUGCAUUACUGGAGAAGGACGCUCCUACAGGGGCACGAUUUCUGUGACCAGUUCAGGGAAAACCUGUCAGAAAUGGACAUCUCAAACACCUCACAAACAUGACAGAACUCCAGAGAACUACCCAUGCAAAGAUCUUGAUGAGAAUUACUGCAGGAAUCCUGGUGAUAACAAUGCACCCUGGUGUUACACCACAGACCCUGAAACUCGCUGGGAAAACUGCAAUGUGCCCAACUGUGGAGAUCAACCUCAACCAGCUGCAGAAGAUUGUAUGCACUGCAUUGGAGAAGACUACAAAGGCAAGAUCUCCACCACUGAGAGUGGAUUCACCUGCCAACACUGGGACUCAAAGACACCACACAAACAUGACUACACCCCUGCAGCACCUGAGAAGAACUUGGUGAAAAACUAUUGCAGAAACCCUGAUGGAUCGCACAGGCCCUGGUGCUAUACAACAAAUCCAUCCAUACGCUGGGAAUACUGCUCUAUUCCUCAAUGCACAACAAAACCACCCCCAAUUGUACCAGAGCUCACCUGUAUUACUGGAAAAGGAGACUCAUACAGGGGCACAAUUUCUGUGACCAAAUCAGGGAAAACCUGUCAGAAAUGGACAUCUCGAACACCUCACAACCAUGACAGAACUCCAGAGAACUACCCAUGCAAAGAUCUUGAAGAGAACUACUGUCGAAAUCCUGAUGGUAGCAGUGCACCCUGGUGUUACACCACAGACCCUCAAACUCGCUGGCAAUACUGCAAUGUACCCAAUUGUGGAGUUUAAUCUGGUCUGUACUGUAGGAGCCAUCACCUGAAUAAAAUACAUUUUACAAUGUA